AUGUACUGCCUCCUGCCGGCGCUCUCCCUCUUCUCCGGCCAGUUCAUCGUGGCGACGCUGGACCCGACCUUCCUCUGCUACCUCCUGCUCAUCACCAUCACGCUCGUGCUGCUGUGCCUGCUGGAGGUGAAGUGGUCCGGGAUCGGGCUGGAGGAGUGGUGGCGCAACGAGCAGUUCUGGGUGAUCGGGGGCACGUCGGCGCACCUGGCGGCCGUGCUGCAGGGCCUGCUCAAGGUGGCCGCCGGCAUCGAGAUAUCGUCCACGCUGCCGGCGAAGGCGGCGGCGGAGGACGACGACGACCCGUUCGCGGAGCUGUACCUCAUCAAGUGGACGUCGCUCUUCAUCCCGCCGCUGGCCAUCAUCGGGAUCAACAUCAUAGCCAUGGUGGUGGGGGUGUCGCGCUGCGUGUACGCGGAGAUCCCGCAGUACAGCAAGCUGCUGGGCGGCGGCUUCUUCAGCUUCUGGGUGCUGGCGCACUACUACCCGUUCGCCAAGGGCCUCAUGGGGCGGCGGGGCCGCAGGCAGACCAUCGUCUACGUCUGGGCGGGGCUCAUCUCCAUCACCGUCUCCCUGCUCUGGAUCACCAUCAGCCCGCCCGACGACCGGGUCUCGCAGAGCGGCAUCGAGGUGUGAGGAGUGUGGUCGGGAAAUCGAUCGAGCGCCGAGAUCGGUCGACCAGUUGCGAAAUGACCGGCCAAGAACCGCGCCAUCAGCCAUCAGCUACGAAGUGCAAGAAAACAAGAUUGUUUGUCUUCUGUAUUUUUGUUUGUGGAUGCACAAGAUUAGUAACACUGUAAG